AUGGGCGUGGCAAAUAUUUGGAGGCGCAAUGACCUGGCCGUCCGCAGUGGAGGAAAUGGUCUCUGUGAGAUCAUUGUCCCCCAUGUCAAGGGCGAGCUUGAGGUGCGCAUGUGUGUCACCGGUGCCAACCUCUCCGUGGAGCGUGGCUCCCUUAUCCCGAUGGCGCGUAUGCAAAUGGAGGACGUGCGGAGACUUCUGGCAGAGGUCGAGACAGCGAAGUCUGAGCAGAUACGCCUAGAGGGAGCCGUGACUCAAUGCAGCAAGGAUCUGAAACACAAGCACCAGAAGCUCAUCGAUCAGAUCGAGAAGGAACUAGAGGAGUUUGAGAUCUGCGGGGUCCUGCAGGGAAUCACAAGGAUCCCUGUCUGUGUCUACGAGGCUCCGGACCUCCAACAGCUCCAGAACCACGCGGCAGAGUUGGCCGCGCCUGCCAAAGCAGCGUUGCCGUUGACAGUAUUAAGUGCUGGAAGAAGUCAGCUGGACCAACGCUGUCUGCUGAUGAAUCCCCGGCAUGCGACGGGUCUUCGAAGUGUCUUUGCGGACUGGCUGAGAGCGCUGACCGAUGACGGGGCGGUCUCCAUCCGCGCUCUCUGGGGUGCCACUGCAGAUGUCAAUUGCGCUCUGCGACCCCUUUCUUUGCCUGGCAGAGGCAACCCAGAUACAGCAGACCUUCAGGAGGUCGUGAAGGCUGCGGAGAACCUAGUGUCGGGUGUGGGCGUCGCCUCCUUCGUCGCAAUCGGCCUGGAGCUCUGCCGUGCGACUGCUGGGGGCGCUUUUGCGAGCUCGGCACUAUGGCUUGAUCUGGGAUGCGACGAGCUCCUAGGAGAAGGACGCGGAGUGGCAGCGGUCAAGGAUGCGCUUCGUGGUGUGCGAGCCAUUGCUCCUCAGCCGCUGCUGCAACUUCUGCAACCUGCGCUUUGUGGCGACCGGGUGCUGCGGGUGGCGGUUUGCGGUCCACCGGAGGAUCCUGUCACAGUUGCAGCUGCAGAGUUUGCACGCCUUCUGGCGACAGCCCCUCCGGCCAAACCGAUGCGUAGCUUGGAAGUGGCGGCUUUGCGCGAGGGCUUUGCUCAGGAAGAGGGGACCCCGGCUUUGCUGGGAGACAUCCUUGCGGGCGUCUUCCAGGAGCAUCGCGGCUUCCUAUACCCUGCACUUCCAGAGCUGCUGAGCGGCGAGGUCCGAGUGGACGAGUUUGGCUUUCCCAGCCACGCGCUGCCUUCCCUCAAGCAAUUUCUGAACCGCUUCCAGGUGACAGACAACGACAGGUCGAAGCUCCACCAUGCUGCAGAAGCAGAGAUAGCCGAGUUCCAGGCGAAUGGGUGGCUGUCCUCCCACGACAGCACGUGCGAGGGCCUGGCUGGCCCAGCUCCACGUUGGGCACCGCUGGCGGACGUCUUCCGCCUGCCUGACGAGGUGCUCACCACCAGCCAUGUCCGAGCAUUUGCCAGAAGCCAGGACCAGUUUGACCCGCUUGUUCGCACCAUUUCCAGGCUGCGGGAAGAUGUUGGUGUGGCCGUGGCUUUGCUUCCGCUUUGUGCAACGCAUCCGUUCAACGUUGUGCGGCUUCUCCGGCUUGGAGGUAUACACUCCCUCUUGGCGCUGCUGGCAGAUUGUUCGGCUUUAGCACCAGGACACGUCGAUGCAGGCUCUGGGGACGAGGCUCUAUCCAGCGCAGAGAUUUCAACUUUGGUGUUGCUUGUGAUGUCAGGCUUCGCGCCUAUUCGCCGCUUCCUUGCCUCGCAGUGCAUUUUUGAGCUGCUGGCUGUCGCAUUGAGGCAUCCUGCUACGGACCGUCAGCUCUUGGUUUUUGCUGCGCUUGCCACGCGCCUUGGCCGUGACACGCAUGAGCGCCGGGCUGCGGCCGCUGCGCUGUCGCCAGCACUGGCGGAGCAGAUGUCACUGCGCUUCGAUCGCGGCGACUCGUUGAGCAUACCGCUCCAGGCCUUGGCAGCCACCGCUGCAAGCCUUUCGCCAUUCCUGCCGGUGGAGGCCUUCGCGCCCUUGCUGCCCCCUCUCCUGGCACCACUCUCUGCCUCGGCACCCGGAGCCUUUGUGGCGCUGGUGGCCUCACUGGCGCUCUCCGCCAGGAAGGGGCGAGACCUGGAUCUGGAUCAAAUGGUGCCCCGGCUGCUGAGCCUGGCACCGCUGGAGCCGCCGCAGGCGAGCACUUUUCAGAGUGGUGCAGCAGCUCUCUUGGCGCUGUGCUCACACAGUGCCGCGAUCACCUCGUUGUGUCGGCCAUGGGUCUUCAGCACCGCCUCGGCGCUGCUGCGGAGCGCCCUGCGCGCCGGAGCCGGCGGCUUGGGCGCCGUACGUGCCGCGAUUCCGCUGGCUGCUGCAGUACAGCCAGGUGAAGAUGACAUCUCGCCCAGCUCAGAUUGGCAGUGGGAAGUGGAAGAAAACCUUUGCAUGCAGAGGACCUUCCGCGGCACGUGGCGCAGCCGUGCCUUCUCAAUGUCCUCGACCGCCGGCUCUGGUGCCUUCUUUGCGGACUACGCGAACCGCGAGGCUGCUGCUUCUCCGCAGCCCACGAUGCGCUGCCAGCGCCUGCACGGCCUCGCCCAGCUCUUCCGUUUGUCACACCUCCCCGAAUCUCCGAAUUCCGCAUUGUUCCAAGAGCGGCCCCAGCUGCGGAUCGAGGUCGGCGAUGAUCGGAUGGAGCUGUUUGUGUCUGUCUCCUUGUUGCCGGUGAGUCGGUGCCAGACUCCCUGCUAUGCUGUGGACGAAUCCGCCCCGGGAGCCCUGGGCCUUUGGAUUUGCGAGCUGCCGGCCACCAGUGAGGCGAGAAAGAGGAGCCAUCAGCUUGAUCUACGGCCGCCAGUGCAUGUCUCUGCAUCUUCGGCAGGCUGUAAGGAGCACCUUGUAUCCGUGGCUUUGCCACGAGGUCUUUACACGCUUAUCCCCUUCAGCUCGCACGUCGUCCUUGAUCAGCAAGGCGUGCAGCGAGCAAAAUUUGGGUGUCGUGGCCAAUGCUGCGGAUGCGUGGACUCGAACCUCAUGCAAGAGUCUCUCUGGGAGUUAGGCAGCCGCUUCGCCUGCAUUUCGACAUGGGCCGAAGCCACUGAUCUGGCGAUCUACGAGGCGGAUCCUUGGUACCAGCGACUGCACAUCGAGUGGAGCCUGCUCAUGCAGUCGCUACCCAUCUGGCUUUGCGCUGGGGCGGUGGAGGGAUCCAUGGAGGUGCUGAUCUGCGUCACGGGGCCCGAGGAGGACCAGGCCUCCCUGCUCGGUGCAGAGCCCUGUGUGGACCUUUGGCCGCCAAUCCCGCAUCGGAGGGUGCGGAAUGAGCGGACAGGUGCUGUUCGCCUCCACAUACCUGCAUUGUCAGCUGGACAGACGUUGCGCGUGAGCUGCCUGUGGCAGGAGCCGAUCGAUCCUGCACGAUUUUCGGGCCGAUCAGCGCAACUCCUGGUCUACUCUUCUGGACCUUUGGCCGCAUCGCUCCCAACGGAGCCAAGCGCAACGAGCUCACCUCUCGGAUUGUGUUCUCCGCCACGUGAGAUCCAGGGCUUCUGGCAAGCCUCUGCGCUCUUUGCUGGUCUCUGGACGCAAGGCUUCUCGAGUGGCUUUGGCAGCCUACGAAAUCCACAGGUCGUCUUGGAGAUCUCUCGCAGCCCCGGGCGUGGCGAGGAGCUGCAGCUGGAGCUCUACCUCUGUAUCCCUGCAGUGGCCAUCCCAAAGAAGUCCAAGGAUGUGCAACGGCCCAAAGUGGCCAUCACUGUUUUCGUUCGUCAGGAGGAGUCCAGCCGCAAGGACACAGCAGGGGCGCCAGAGCGCCUUGCGGAGGGUGUACUGCGCAAGGAGCUGAAAACUGACAAGGCAACAGUGGGCGCUUAUGCAGUCGCCUCCCUGGCACUUUGUGGCGCAGAGUCGCGGCAACAACUCUUCGUCGUCCUGCAGAACAAUGACCCUCAGGAGUCCUGGCCCUGGCAGCUCCGCGUCCUUGCAAGGAUCCGAGCGAAAGAGGGCGAGACUCCGAUGGGCGAGGCAACGAUUCCACCUGCCCCGGAGCCGCCCGAUGCACCACCUCUCCGUGGAGCCGUUCUGGGAGGUAUCACAGAGCCCGGACGCAUCUAUACGUGCUGGCCGGAGGCCCUCGCGCUGUAUGCGCCCAAACGCAUACGAACCACGGCAGCAGCAGCGGCGCCUCCUCCCGAUGGCGACAACUCUCAAGGACUUCCUUCGCCCGAUCCCUCGCAUUCCUGGAUGUUGGCGAAGCAUGACUGGGCGGAGGAGCAACCAAAGGUGUUGACGAGCUGUGGCACCGUGGCUUCAGAUCGCCGCUUCAUCGAACCUGGUCCAUGGCCAGAGCGUGAUCCCGCAGUUGUCCCUGAGGUGGAUGAGGAGGCAUUCCCGGAUGUGACUGCCACCUUGGCUCCGCCAGCGCGUGUUGCCAUCGUGAAGGAUGAAGGCCCAGUCCGAUCACAGGCCUUGACUGAGGCGCGCGAGGUCAAGCCAGAUGCAGCAGAAGCACGAAGGAGGCCUCCAGUUCCUUUGCCGCCCAAGCGACUGCACGUGCGAAGCCAGAAGGACAAGGAAGAGACAGAAACGACGGCUCCGGAGCCUGAGGACUUCCUUCAAGCAAGGGACCAGGAUGGGCCACUGGAGACUGCUACACCCUUUCGAAGGCCGGGACCAGAUCCUUUCAUGCCGGCCUCGCAAAGCGAACGCCACGCGCGAAUUGAGGCUUUGAUGCGCCGCCGGCGAUAUGGCCGCGAGCGAAUCAUGGAGGAUCCGCAGUUUUACCGAGAAGGGCCGAGGCAGCAAACGAACAGCCUUCCGCCACCGCGCGUCAGACGACCGCGAAUGAUGCGCAGCGACGAUCUCGAGGAGGAGCGGCCGGACGACGUGAGCAGGUCAACUCGAGCGCCGCCGCUCAGCGCCCGUGGUGAACGAAGCCCCUCGCUGCCGCCGAUUGGGGAACCCCGAUCAAAGGCAGCCACGCGGCACCUUGUGCGUUUGGAACGGCAGCCAGGGCGUGAUCGCUUGGGUUUCGGCAAUGUGGCUGCUGGCACACCGCAAGCUCCGGUGCUGGUUAUCAGCUGGAUUCGGGAUGGCGCGUUGGCAGACUUUAACCACACGGCCCCGGAAGGUUUGGCCGUGCCGGUAAACUCCGCAAUUGUGUCUGUCAAUGGUGUCUCCGGCGAUGUGCAACGAAUGAGGGAGGGGCUGCGAUCGCAGGUGGUGGAGAUGGAGGUCAUGGCUCCGGAAAGGUGGCGCUACUCGAAGGUCACGAAUUCGGCUUGA